GGUUUUCUAUGAAUGAAAACCAUGCGCGAUCAAAAGAGAACUAAACAAAACAUGGAAUAAUGCUACUAAUAAUUCUUGCAAGUGGCCUCUGCUGUACAUACAUAUUGGCAUGGAUUUAUAUGCCAGAUAGAUUAUUUUAAUGAACUCUUGUGUUAUUUUUCUCAACGCUCUGUUCCACACCACGGCAGCCACCGUAGCGCGUCAUGUGUUGACUUCUGUGACAGUAGUAUAGUUUCGGAUUGGAUGCUAUCGACACCUAGCAGACCCUGACAGUUUUAUAAAGUACAGAAAAAUACUGAAAGUGUACCUAUUGGAAGUGCACAUUAACAGCAAGUAUCGUCGAUAGUUAUUUACCGUUCAUUAAUGUGCAUUUCACUUGGAACAAGUUUACCUAUCUUUGUCAUUUAGGCACCGGUUUUGGUAGCAAGCUAGCCAGAGAGCUAACGUUAGCUAAAUCCAUAAGCUUUCCACCUAAAUAUAGAAGGUACGUUGAAGAUGUUUGACAUAUUUUAAACAACUAGUCGGUAAUGUUUUAAGGUACUACCUCGGAACUGUAGGUCUGAUAGGAGAGUCCUUCCUCCAUCUACAGAUGCGACUGAAGGACCCCUUCUCCCUCAAAGCGGCCGACAUGACCAAGCGGACCAACAAGCCGAGGAAGCCUCGGGACGAGGAGUCGUCUGACGAAGUCAGCGGCCUGACCUGCCAGCACGUGAGCCGAGCGGUGGACCUGAGCCUGGUGAGGAAGGCCGUGUCGUCCAGCGUGUGGGCUGUGUGUUCCGACUGCCUGAGGGAGAGGUCGACUGUGGAGGCCGAGGCCUCCGGCCUGCACGACAUCCUCGUCUGCCUCAAAUGUGGCUUCCAGGGCUGUAACCAGUCUGAAAGCCAACACUCCUCCAGGCACCACCAGGCCCUGCACCCCGAGGCCCACUGCAUCACCAUCAGCCUCAGCUCCUGGAAGGCCUGGUGUUUUGAAUGUAAUGAAGAGCUCUCCACUCACUGCAACAAAAAGGCUCUGGCCCAGACGCUGGACUUCCUCCAAAAGCACUCCGCCAAAGCUGCCUCAGGGCCCAGCUCCAGGCUGAUCAAGCUGAGGGAGGAGCCUCUGGACCUGGCCGACCCGCCCAGGGGGAGGAGUCCCGUGAACAGCACUCUGGUCCCCGUCAAGGGCAUCAAUAACCUGGGGAACACCUGCUUCUUCAACGCCGUCAUGCAGAACCUGUCCCAGACCCACCUGCUCAACGACCUCAUACAGGACGUAAAGGAGAAGGGUCACAAGCUGAAGAUCCCUCCUCCGCCAGACACCAACCUGCAGGGCCCGCUGACGGUGACCCUGGCCAGCCCCGAGCCGCUGACCUCGGCCAUGUUCCUGUUCCUCCACAGCAUGAGGGAGGGGGGAAAGGGCCCCGUCAACCCCAAGAUCCUCUUCAACCAGCUGUGCCACAAGGCUCCUCGGUUCAAGGGUUACCAGCAGCAGGACAGUCAGGAGCUUCUGCACUACCUGCUGGAGUCUAUCAGAGUAGAGGAGACAAAGAGGAUCAAAGCCAGCAUUCUGAAGGCCUUCAACAACCCCACAGAGAAGACAGCAGAUGAGGAGACCAAGCGCCAAGUCAAAGCCUAUGGGAAGGAGGGGGUGAAGAUGAACUUUGUGGAUAGGAUCUUCGUGGGCGAGUUGACCAACACCAUCAUGUGCGAGGAGUGCGAGCACAUCUCCACCGUCAAGGAGGCCUUCAUGGACAUCUCCCUGCCCAUCAUCGAGGAGCGGAUGUCGAAGCCCACCAACCCUGGCCGUCUGGGCAAGGUCACCCGGGACCAGGAGACGCACGGGUCCCACGGCGACGAGACGCUCUCCUCCGCACACGCUCACUGCAACAAGAACAACAGGAAGCAGAGCGGACAGAAGCAGCAGGACAGGAGGUCUUCAGGCCACGUUGAGGACAGGGAGGGGGCAGCCGACGUCCCACCAGAUCGCCCUCAGGAGGACGAGGCCCGGACGCCAGCGGCGGCAGCAGCCGCCAGCCAAUCGGAGAGCAGCGAGAAGGACUCCGGCCCCCAGGACAGCAGCAACGACGCCGACAGCGAGGCCUCCGAGAGCGAGUGGGCGGCCCGCCCCCCAUCGGCACACGCCCAGAGCUCCGGCCCCGCCUCCACCGCCUCCACCCUCACCCCCUCCCCGCCCCCCCCUGCCUCGGCCCCGUCCCCCAAGCCCAAGCAGGGCGGGGGCGGCGCCGUGGAGCAGCUGGUCAGCGCCGUGUCCAAGCUGGGCCUGGGCCCCGACGGCCAGGACGAGCAGGGGGGCGCGGGGCACCGCGAGCAGCCCCUCCACCAAGGGGCCUUCCAGGCCCUGUCCCACAGCUACACCCCCUGCUCCAAGGAGUGCUCCGUCCAGUCCUGCCUGCACCAGUUCACCUCCGUGGAGCUGCUGAUGGGCAACAACAAGCUGCUGUGCGAGAGCUGCACCGAGCGCAGGCACAAGCAGCUACGCAAGAGCAGCGCGGCAGAGAAGAAAGCUGAGAAGGUGUACACUAGCGCUCGCAAGCAGAUCCUCAUAUCAGCACUGCCCCCUGUGGUCACGCUGCACCUCAAGCGCUUUCACCAGGCAGGGAUGAACCUGAGAAAAGUGAACCGCCACGUGGACUUCCCCCUGACCGUGGACCUGGCGCCCUUCUGCUCCGCCUCCUGCAAGAACCUGGUGUCGGGGGAGCGUGUUCUCUACAGCCUGUAUGGCAUCGUGGAGCACAGCGGCUCGAUGCGGGGGGGCCACUACACGGCCUACGUGAAGGUGCGCCCCCCCCAGAGACUCUCGGAGCAGCCGCGUCGGAACCAGCCAGGUCCCAGAGAGGCCAGUGGGUCCAGCCAGGGUCAGUGGGUGUACGUCAGUGACACCACAGUUCAGACUGUCCCAGAGUCCAGGGUGCUGAGCUCCCAGGCUUAUCUGCUCUUCUACGAGGAGCUGCUGUAAGACCCCCCCACUUUCCUACGACCCCUCUCCCUCCCCCCCUCCUCCUCCCCCACACAAAGGACCCCCCAGCCCCCGUAGGAACCCGGCCUAGGUCUGGAGUCAGGACUCGCUCUGCAUGAUGGGACUGGCUAGGGCCGGAGGACCCAGGCUCGCUGCAUGCAUGGCUGGACUGAGCAGCUUCACAGGCUGGGUGGAUUUGCAAGGUCCUGGGCCUGGUCCUGGGCCUCGGAUUCCCCGACCUCAGAAUGGGCCUCCUCAUCUUGCAUCAUCUGGGCCAGAGAGUUUGUUUAUGUCCAGGUCCAUCAGGGUGCCAGAAGGAGACGGGGAGGGAGUGCGUUUAUCAAUCAGCACCAAUGACGAAAAUGCAACAGUAUUUAUACUACAGCCUGUUGCUGUGAUCUGGAUUGUAUUGUAGAGAAUGUGCAAAUGACUAUGUGACUACCAUUAGGAUUAUCAUGAAGACUUUUGUUAAGAUUGCCAAAGGUACAGGCAGAAGAGUAUUUUCCUGCCUAGGGUGGACUGCAGUGUGCUGGAGUGCGUUUCAAACCAGAGUGUGUUCUUGGCAAACUAUGGCCCCACAAACCAACACACAGAGACAAGGCCAGACUCCUGCCUAGAUCCUCUGUGGUCACCUGACUGGACACUUUAUUUCAUUGAGUUUAUUCGUCUAUCCAUCAUAACACGGUUGAGACUGUGAAACAAACCUUUGGUUAAAGAGCUGAAAACUACAGUCACUGUCUUACUGUCAGAUGAGCCGAAUGCAGGCAAAUGAUUGGUCAAUCUGACAUUCUAACCCGUCUGAAUCCUUUAGGUUCAUUUUUUUUUUUUUUUUUACAUUGUUCAUUGUUUUUACUGAAAUGGUGCACCUGCUGUUUGUUUUAUUUUCUGUUGGUUUGUUUUGAAAAAUUGCCAAAUGAUUGUGGUGGUGAGGCUCCUCCUCCUUGCUGACAGGUUAGUGAUGCGUCCAGGGUGUGGUGGGCAUGUCCCAGACCUCUCUUGUGCCUACGCUUCAGGUGAAUGAGCAUCUGCAUGGUAAGAACAUGUGUCAAGGUACACACACGUUAGCAUACAGUACAGAGUCUACAGGCGGCGUGUGCGGGUGUCAGAGAUGUAUAUAUUUACGCUAUACAUAUGCAAAGAUACGCACAACAGAGUAUUAUAUACGGGGCUCGUUAGUGGGCCUGUGUGUGUGUGUGUGUGUGUGUGUGUGUGCGCGUGUGUGAGUGUGUGUGUGAGUGUGGAGCAGCUGUCACUUGCUCUCCUGGGCUUCCUCUCUACGGCCGUGUGGUUUGGUUUCAAUCAUGAAUCUAAAGUGGGGAUGUAUGAAUCACAAAUAUAUCAAAGCUAGAAUAAAUCUAACUUAUGAACAAGUGUACAAGGGA